AUGGAACUUCUCGCUUGUUGUGCUGCCAAAUACCAAUGCUUGGAUCAUCUUGCUUCGAGAAGUCUUGAUUCUUGGCCGGAUCAAGAGAUCGCACUUGUUACGAAAUCAUUCUUUUUAAGUUUUGUUGCUGGUGUGGAGCCUCAAUUCGUAACCCUCUUUGGCCGAAUGGCUGAAGGACAAAGAAUCGUCUUGGUUUUAGAGCAGUCCGCCGAGAAGACAGGCAUCGAAUUGAUUGCGAUCUGGGUAAAAGGCCAGAAUAACGGGGGCAUCAUGCCAGCAAAUGAAGUUAGUGGCAUCGAAUGUCAGAAAGAAGAAGAAGAUGAUGAAGGUCCAGUCGAUGAUUUUCCUCAGAGCCCUUUAGAGUCUAGCUGCAAUGAUGACUCCUCAGAUUCAGAUUCAGAUUCGGACUCCGACGAGGAAACCUCUCCUGUCUCUGCGGGUAUCAUGGCUGAUUUCGGGAUGUUCUGCCAAGGAGUCACUUCUGCGUUGCCUGAACUUCCAAAGAAAGAGCCCGACAAGAUGACCAGUUGGAGAAGUAUCCGACAUAGAUAUGAGGCGUAUGUUCUCGACGAUAUUGCCGAGGCUAGUAUGAGCGAGGAAGAGGAGGAGAAUACUCGGAACAUGCCGCGUCUGGUUGGCCCACAAAUAUUAAGCCUUUUCUUUGAGGUUGAUUCCUUUGCCGAGAAAUCGGAACAAUCCAUGUCUUUACCAUUUUAUUUCGGCCGAGCAUGGCGAUCUAUACUAGACGACGGAAUCCCAUCAGUCCCGGUUACCACCUCAACACCAUGCGCUCAUUGCAAUGCAGUUUUGACCACGGAACCUGGAUUUGGUCACAGAUUGUACUGCCCUAUCUGGAUCGAAAUGCUCGAAGAUGGUGUUCUUGGUCCGAAAAGUCGUGAAGCUUAUGUCAAACUAAACCAGCAAAGCACGCAACAGACGGGGAAAUACGUAGCCUAUGCUCCACCACCCAUGCAUCCACCAGCCCCCACGCGUAAAGCCCCCGUUGUCCAACGGCGACGACCUUCCAAUCCGUCACACACAAUCUCGGAGGAAGGCACUAUAGUUGCCGUGGCGCAGUGUGAGCUUAAACAGCCUCGCGUCAGACGGGUUGUACCCAAAGCUAGCCAUGUCUUGUCUGAGAGCAUUGAAUGGGACAUUCAGAUCGGACGCUACAACGAUGUGAUUGAGAGAGGUAGUAUUUUACCGGAAAUCGACGCUGCGUUAGAUCGUCAGAUUAAGCAUGCAGUUAAUCCAGCUAGAUUUGGCCUAUUGCAGCAGACAGAUAUGGCAAAUACUAAAUUUAAUGUCCCACCAACUUCCACAACUUCCUUUGAUCAACUAAAUAUGGUGCUCUACUUCCUUGCAGCAGUUUUGUUUACCUGCCUGGAGGCUUUUCUUUGGGCAACCUACCAAGUAUUUCUUCAUCCUUUGAGCGAAUAUCCAGGACCAUUUAUUGCAAAGUUUUCCGACAUCUAUAGUGGCUUCCAUGCGUUUAACAGGCGUCUCCACUUGCAGACCUGGAUCAAUCAGCAAAAAUAUGGAUCGGUUGUGAGACAAGGACCCAACAAAUUGGUGUUCAACUCUAUGGCAGCUCUUCGAGCGAUUUAUAAAACAGACAAAACAACAAAAGCAGAAGCGUAUAUGGCUCUUGGGCCAGGACUUACCACGUAUAAUAUCUUUAGCGCUAUUGAUAACAAGUUGCACCGUUCCAGGCGGCAAUUGAUCGGACAAGUUUUGACAGAACGAUCUAUGCACGUCUUCGAGCCCACCAUGACCGAGCAAGUUAACCUGUUUACAAGAAACAUACUGAAGGCGACCCAGAGUUCAAGCCCUGUAAAUGUUUCGAUGCGGACGAGACAGCUUGGAAUCAACAUCGCGGCUAUUCUCGCAUUUGGAUAUGAUAUGAAACUUCAAACAGAGGAUGAGAAUCAGUUCAUGUUGAAAGUCUUGGAUAGAGGGACUUGGGCAAGCAACGUCGCUUUCCAUUACCCUCUAAUUAGACGACUUCACCUCGGAAUCCUGAUGAUGCUGCCACUGUUUCACUUGCUGGAGAAGUACAUGCGACUCUUGGAGACCAUGAUAAACACUCGCACAGCCCUGCCAAACGAUGCAAAACAUGACCUCUAUUCAUUCGUCGCACAUGCUCUCGAUUCCGAAUCUAGCGGUCUAAGGAAGAGUGAUUUAUGGUCUGAAGCAAACCUUUUCCUGUCAGCAGGUCAGUUUUUUUAUCAGUCCGCACACCAUUUCACUGAUUUUGAUGAAUUAAUGGCUGAAAUAGCUGGCGAGACCGUAAACACGGCCAUCAGCGCCACCAUGUUCUACCUAUCAAGAAACCAAGACGCUUAUGGCCGCCUCGUGGAUGAGAUUCGAACUUCCUUCAGUAGAGGCGACGAGAUCAAUAGCGCCAGCCUCGCAGGCUGCCAGUAUCUUCGGGCUUGCAUCGAUGAAUCUCUACGUCUAUCGCCACCUGCACCCAGCAUUCUAUGGCGAGAUAUAAUUCCUAGCAAAGAGCCUUUUGUCAUCGACGGCCAUAUCGUCGCUCCAGGCACGAUAGUCGGCGUCAACACUUACUCAAUCCAUCACAAUGAGUUCUGCUUUCCAAACGCGUUUUCUUUCAACCCAGACAGAUGGCUUGAGUCCUCUAAUUUCUCUGAGGAGGCCAAAAGAAUCAUGCGUGACACCUUCGUGCCUUUUUCAAUAGGUCCAAGAGGUUGCGCAGGCAAGGCGAUGGCGUAUCUGGAGACCAGCUUGACCAUUGCUAAGACUUUAUGGUAUUUCGACUUCGAGAUAGCGCCAGGACAAGCAGCAGAAGUUGGAGCCGGAAAGAUGGGCGGGCAAAAGGGGCGAGAAUUUCCAGGUGAAUUUCAAUUGUACGAUGUUUUCGGUGCAGGUCAUGAUGGGCCAAUUCUGAUUUUCAAACCUCGUGGUGAGUUGUGGAAAGAGCUUUGA